CGGCAUUCCGUUGAGUCGGCAGAAUUCGGUUCCUUGACCAUGUUAUGUUCAACUGGUGUGUCAGAGUUAAUAUAAUCAAAAUAAUACACGAAUUUAACGAGUGUUAUAUAUUAUCAGCAAUGAUGGAAUGGUAUCAGUUGAUCACCCUCCUAGUGGUAAUAGUGAUAUACCAUAUCUGGACUAGACGCAGCCUCCCCCCUGGACCAUGGGGUCUACCUGUUAUCGGUUAUCUGCCGUGGUUAGAUCCCAAAGCACCCUACCAAACUUUAUCUAGAUUAGCUGACAAGUAUGGGCCCAUAUAUGGACUCUGGAUGGGCAGUGUGUAUACAGUCGUAGUGACGGAUGUGAAGAUGAUCAAGACGCUAUUCUCCAAAGAUUCGACAACUGGCAGAGCACCUUUGUAUUUGACACACGGGAUCAUGAAGGGAUACGGUCUUAUUUGCGCUGAAGGUGAUCUAUGGAGAGAACACAGAAGAUUCAUACACAAUUGUCUCAGACAACUAGGAGGUACCAAGACGGGACAUAGACGAAGUAAGAUGGAAAGUCUUAUAAUGAAGCAUGUAAACGAACUCUUGAUGUGCUUCUCGAAAAAUGCAGGUGUUAGUAUCGAUCCUUUAGAAUCUCUGCGACAUUCUUUGGGUUCUGCAAUCAAUUCGAUAGUUUUUGGCAAAUCUUGGUCCAAAGACGAUGAGGAAUGGAUAUGGUUGCAAGAUAUGCAAGAAGAGGGUACCAAGCAAAUAGGCAUUGCAGGUCCAUUGAAUUUUUUGCCAUUCCUCAGAUUCCUUCCGAGAUACCGGCAAACGAUGGAUUUUCUUCUUAAGGGAAAGCAUGAGACUCAUAAAGUCUAUCAGAAAAUUAUAGCACAGCGCCAACAAAAUGAUUUCGGUGACGCAAAUAGAUUUGUUGAAAACAUUCUAGAAGCUUUCCUUCUAGAGAAGUCGAAAAAAAGUGAGAAAGAAGCUUCCCUGUUCUACAAUGAUCAACAAUUUUAUCAUCUACUAGCAGAUAUAUUUGGUGCUGGGUUAGAUACAACUCUUACCACCCUACGGUGGUACCUUUUGUACAUGGCACAAAAUCCAACGAUUCAAGAUAAGAUUCGCGAUGAAAUUCAAGACGUUCUUCAAGGUCGUCCUUUCAAUCUGGAGGAUAUUGCACACUUGCCUCUAUUCGAAGCCUCAAUUUGUGAAUCCCAACGAAUUCGUUCAGUUGUACCUGUAGGAAUUCCUCACGGAGCAAUCGACGAUUUGGUAGUAGAUCGUUACAGGGUUCCCAAAGGGACUAUGAUUGUCCCUUUGCAAUGGGCCAUUCACAUGGACGAAAAAAUGUGGCCCAAUCCCGAAAAGUUCGAUCCUUGGAGGUUCAUAGAUGAGGAAGGAAGGGUCGCCAAACCUGAAAACUUCAUUCCAUUUCAGCUUGGUAAGCGUAUGUGUGUUGGGGAUGAAUUGGCCAGAAUGUUGCUGUUCUCAUUCGGGGCCAACAUCGUCCAACAUUUUUCUUUCGUCUUAGAAGAUAAAAAUACAGAUUUUAUUGGCGAUUGCGGUAUCACUCUCACUCCCAAAUCUCACAAGAUAAUCUUUACUAAAACAAAUAUUGUUGUGAAAUCCAAUGUCGUAUCUGAAUGAGCAUUCUUUGUUUCUCUUGAUAACAUAUCAACAAAAUCAAUUUUAUAUCUAUCGAUUUAUGUUGAUUGCAUUUGCACUCGGCAUGUCUAUCUAUAAGUACCUAUAUCUUAGAAUCAACUGUUUUAUCCAAAAUGAAUAUGUAAAUAUAUAUUGUCUCAUGAGUGCAAUGAAUAAAUAAAAAAGAUUCAAAUGCA